CAGAGCGUGCAACAUGAGAAUGGGUCCUUAAAACAACAUCAUUUUCACUCUUCAAAAAAAUUAAAAAAGAAAAUCAAGAAAAAACCUUCGCCAUUUUCGCUCCUUAAAGAACAUCAUCAAGAACAGCAAACGUGGUUGUCAAUGGCCGUCAACAUGUCCAACAAACCACCUCACACCAAAGACUUUUUUCCCUCUCCAGCUCUCUCUCUUAGCCUUGCUGGAAUUUUCCGGCAUGCUGAGGCGGCGGCGGAGACGUCCGCCAUGGAGGUGGUCGGCGAUGAGCUCCGGCGAGAGGGCACUGUUGAGUUUAGCAGCGACAACUCAGCACCGGUGAGAUCCAGGUCAGAAGAAGAUUUUGAUGGAGAAGGUGUUCAUGAGAUUGAAGAUAACGACAAAGACGACAAAGAUGAUGAUAAGAGAAGAAAGAAGAAGAGGAAGAAGUUUAACAGACACACUCCUGAACAGAUCAGAGAAAUGGAGGCGCUUUUCAAGGAAUCACCGCAUCCUGAUGAAAAUCAGAGGCAACAACUCAGCAAGCAACUUGGCCUUUCUUCGAGGCAAGUUAAGUUUUGGUUCCAAAAUCGUCGAACACAAAUCAAGACAAUACAAGAGCGCCAUGAAAAUUCAUUAUUGAAGACGGAAUUAGAGAGCCUAAGGGCAGAAAAUAAGUCCAUGCGGGAGACCAUAAACAACUCUUCCUGCCCCAAUUGUAGCACCGUAACGGCUAACCUACAUGGCUCCAUGUCCACAGAAAAACAUCUUCUCAUCGAAAAUGCCAAACUCAAAAUUGAGGUAGAGAAGCUGAGAACAGCAUUAGGGAAAUACUCACCAAGGACAACGUCUCCUUCAUCUUCUGCUGGCCAUGACGAGGAAGAGAAUAGAAGCUCUUUGGAUUUCUAUAACGGAAUUUUCGGGCUGGAGAAAUCAAGGAUAAUGGAUACAGUAAACCGAGCAACGGAAGAACUCAUAAAGAUGGCAAACAUGGGGGAACCAUUAUGGCUUCGUAGCGUUGAGACAAGUCGCGAAAUACUCAACUACGAUGAAUAUGUGAAGGAGUUCGAAGUUGAAAAUUCUUGCAGUGAAAGGCCAAACACAUUUAUCGAAGCCUCAAGAGAAUCCGAGGUUGUUUUUGCGGAUCUCUCACGACUUGUCCAAUGUUUUCUUGAUGUGAAUCAAUGGAAGGAGAUGUUUCCGUGCUUAAUAUCAAAGGCAGCAACUGUUGAUGUUAUAUGCAAUGGAGAAGGCUCAAACAGGAACGGUGCAGUGCAAUUGAUGUUUGCUGAGCUGCAAAUGCUCACUCCUAUGGUGCCCACAAGAGAAGUGUAUUUUGUGAGGUGCUGCAAACAGUUGAGUGCUGAAAAGUGGGCAAUUAUUGAUGUAUCCAUAGACAAGGUAGAAGACAACAUUGAUGCAUUCCUGGUGAAAUGUAGAAAACGCCCAUCUGGUUGUAUUAUUGAGGAUAAGUCAAAUGGCCAUUGCAAGGUGAUAUGGGUGGAGCACAUUGAGUGCCAAAAGAGCUCAAUUCACGCAUUGUAUCGAGCCAUUGUCAACAGCGGUCUAGCUUUUGGGGCAAGGCACUGGAUGGCAACACUACAAGUUCAAUGCGAACGUCUAGUUUUUUACAUGGCAACAAAUGUUCCCAUGAAGGAUUCAACUGGUGUUGCCACGAUGGCUGGGAGGAAAAGCAUUUUGAAGUUGGCACAAAGAAUGACGUGGAGUUUCUGCCAUGCAGUUGGUGCAUCAAGUUUCCAUACAUGGACCAAGGUCACAAGUAAAACAGGAGAAGAUAUAAGAAUUAGCUCUAGAAAGAACUUGAAUGACCCUGGUGAACCUCUUGGGGUUAUCCUAUCAGCCGUUACUUCUGUGUGGCUUCCUGUUUCUCCCAAUGUUCUGUUUGAUUUCUUGAGAGAUGAAGCUCAUCGAAGUAAGUGGGAUAGCAAGUCCAGUGGUGGGUCAGUGAAGUCCAUUGCUAAUUUAGCUAAAGGAAAAGACCGAGGCAAUGUUGUAAAUAUACAAAAAAUACAAUCAAAAGGGAACAGUGUGUGGAUAUUGCAAGAUAGCUGCACAAGUGCUUAUGAGUCAAUGGUGGUAUAUACUCCUGUGGACAUUGCUGGUAUCAAAUCUGUGUUGACAGGAUGUGAUUCAAGCAAUCUUACUGUAUUGCCUUCAGGAUUCUCAAUUGUUCCUGAUGGUAUUGAGGCAAGGCCAUUUGUGAUUACAUCAAGGCAAGAAGAAAAGUACACAGAAGGAGGGUCUUUACUUACAAUGGCAUUUCAGAUCCUUGCCAACCCUUCUACAACAACCAAGUUGAUAGUGGAGUCUGUCGAAUCCGCCAAUAAUCUUAUCUCUUGUACGUUAAAAAAUAUUAGAACUAGUUUACAGUGUGAGGAUGAUUAGUCCAGAUAAAAGGUAAUCAGAUAGAUAUACAGGCUUUGAUUUGCUGCUACAGUUGUAGGCUUUUUACACCUUUUACAGUUGGGAUGAAUUUUGUGUUCCUUUGAAAUUAGGAGGCAAAAUUCAUGGAUGGACUUUGCUUUACAUGGAAAACACAUCCGUGAAUUUUCAUCACCUCUAAAUAGAAUGUUUUUCUACCCCUUAUUAUGGAUUAGUAUCACUUAUAAUUUACAAUAGGAAAUAGAAUUUGCAGGAAUUAAAUAAAUGUAUACCUGCAUUUAGAGAAACAAAAAGGUUUUGCAACCUAGAAAUCGAGCAUUAUGUACAAGGUUACAAUUUAUUAAUAUUAAGGCCUUCUAUAUGAUGAUUUUA